GCCCAUCUGUCUCGGUGUCUCGGGCUCUCGACUCCACGUCAACCCUCACCACUGGACCCCUACCAAGCGAGAAAGCACCAUGGCAACUACACGACAGACCACUACUCAGACGGCGUGGAGCGCAAGCGCUUGGGAUUGGAUUUUGUUCUGGUUCACGAGCACUCUUCAUGUCGGCUUCCCUAUCAUCAACUGGAUUUUGCGCUACAAGCCUCGCUGGACGCCGGAGCAGAUGACCGACAAGUCCGGGCAGGUUGUGCUGAUCACUGGCGCGAACUCGGGAACGGGCUACGCCACGGCACAGGCAUACUACAACGCCGGCGCACGAGUCAUCAUGGCAUGCCGGUCGGCCCAGCGCGCCGAGCAGGCCAUCACCGAGAUCCAGUCAGGUGCUCGCCGGGACGUCACCGGUACUCUCCAAGUCCCGUCCACGCCGCCCAAGACGCCUGGCUCGCUCGAGUUCCUCUCGAUGGACCUGUCGGACCUGCACUCCGUCGAGGCGGCGGCCAAGACGAUUCUUGAGCGCGAGCAGCGCAUCGACGUCUUCUUCGCCAACGCGGGCAUCAUGGCCGUCCCUCCCGCCGAGACGAAGCAGGGGUACGCGCUGCAGUUCGGCACCAACGUCCUCGGCCACCAGCGCCUGAUCUCGCGCCUCCUGCCGCUGCUGCAGGCGUCGUCGCGCGCCAACCCCGGCUCGCCGUCGCGCCUCAUCGUCUCAUCGUCCGUCGCGCAUGCGCUUGCGCCACACCGCGGCGGCGACGACGGCGGGAUCGCCUACGACACCCUGCGCGGCACCGGCAAACUCGACCGCAUCGCCGAGUACGGCGAGAGCAAGUGGGGCUCGGUCGCGCUCGCGCGCUACGUCGACGCGCACUACGGCCCGGGGACCAAGGACGGCGAGAUCCUCUCGUACGCCAUCCACCCCGGCCCCGUCGCCAGCAACCUCGGCAACCACCUCGGUGCUGUCGCGCUCCUGCGCAUCAACCAGGCCGUGCUCACCGCCAUGCAGCUCACGCCCGACGAGGGCGCCCUCAACCAACUCUGGCUCGCUGACAUGCCUGUCGACCAGGCGCGCAAGCUCAGGGGCGAAUAUGUCGCGUGCAUCCAGAACCCGAUGCCCGCACGCCCAGACCUCAGCAACCCCGCUGCAUGGGAGAAGCUGUGGAACUGGUGCGAGGCGGAGGGCAAGUUGCUGUAACCAUGUCCAUGUCCAGAUUCGUCUAGAUGAAAUACAUGUAUACCCAUUAUGACCUG